UUGCUUGUGACAGACACCGUAGAACAGUUCCGAACAAAACCCUAAUCAUGACGAGUCGUUGUAGAGUGCUAUUCUCGAGGACGCUGGGUCCUCGGUUUCCAAAGUACGUCGGUAGUAACCGUCGAGCCCUGUCGAUGGAUGGCAGUGGCGGCGCUCACAAACCGGACAAGGACAAUGCCAUCCCCAGCAACGGUCGCAGUGAUCCAACGGCAGGAGUGGAACCUCCUUCCACCUACAAGACUAGACUUCGGCAACUUAUGGGAAAAUCACUCCAGCCACCAGGUACGUGAGAUUUGGAUACCUUUCCGUCAAUCGGAACCUUUCGUGUCCCCUGCACUCCUGGCAUACGACACACACCGUUAGAUAUACACAAACAUUCUUGGACGUGAGUACUGACGCAUUUUACUGUGGUCUCGGUUGCUUUACUCGCUCUACUUUACACACACACACGCGCAGCCGGACGCUUGUGGGCACCCGACGUUCUCAGCGACGAUGAAGACGACGACAACGAUUACCGCCAAUUCAUUCCGCAGAUUGCCUUACACGAAGGAGACGGCCGCGCACGUAAGCGUGUUUUGGUCCUGUGCACCGGUGGAACCCUCACCAUGGCUCCGGAUCCCAAUCAAGGUGGGGCGCUGGCUCCGGUGGAAGGGGCGCUGUCCCAGUAUAUGCGGGAAAUGCCCGAACUACACGCCGACAACAUGCCAGAAGUGGUCCUACACGAGUACUUCCCCUUUUACGAUAGUUCCGACCUAGGUCCGGCCGAUUGGGCCCGUCUCGCCCACGAUAUUCGCGCCAACUAUUUGCAUUUCGACGGUUUCGUCAUUGUCAUUGGGACCGACACCAUGGCCUACUCGGCCACCGCACUUUCCUUCAUGUUGGAAAACCUCGGUAAACCGGUCAUCUUCACGGGCAGUCAAAUACCCAUGUGCGAACCGUACAAUGACGGGAGACGCAACCUCAUUAUGGCGCUUAUUUUUGCCUCGCGCGAUACCAUCAACGAAGUCAGCAUCUUUUUUCACGAUCGUUUGUUGCGGGCCUGUCGCGCUACCAAGGUCAAUACCCACCGCUUGUUGGCCUUCGACUCGCCCAAUCAGGAUCCACUCGCUACCAUUGGUAUCACCAUUGACGAAAACGAGCAUCUCGUAUUGCCGCCCGCCAAGGGCGCUCUGCGGGUGCACUCACGGAUGGACACCAGAGUGCUGACUAUUCGACUCGUCCCGGGCUUUGACGACGCCAUGAUUCGAGAAAUGAUCAAUCACAAUCUCCAAACGAACCUGCUCCGUGCACUCGUACUGCAAUUGUACGGCACGGGAAACAUUCCCUCCGUUAAGGAAAGUUUCAUUCAACUCUUGGCCGACGCCUCGGACAAGGGCAUCCUGGUCGUCGCUUCGACCCAGUGUUACACCGGCUCCGUCAUGAUGGGACAUUACGCCGUCGGUAAGGCGUUGGAAAGUGCCGGUGUCGUCAGCGCCGCCGAUAUGACGCAAGAAGCGAUUGCCUGCAAGGUAGGAUAUCUGUACGGACGAGGUGACCUCUCGCACGCCGAGGCGAGUAAUCUUAUGGGGGUUUCCCUGCGGGGAGAAAUAACCCCCCAAGAA